UUUUUCGGACGGAAAACGAUUCAUUAAACCCUAAAGAAAUGUUCUGGAGUAGAAGGUGUCAAGGGGCCGUCAUAUUUUGUACGAAUAGCGGAAGUAAUUUACACCGUUGAGAUCUUGUCGUAUCUUGAGCAAGAUCUGUUCGUUUCAUUACGGGGCCGUGUUGUACAAACUGCUUCAUCAAUACCAGUUGCCACAUACACUGCACAGACGUAUACAGCAAUGAUGAUGAAAACAGUCCUAGAGUGCGAUGACACCAAUUCAGUGGACACCUUGCAGUCCUUUACCUCCAUCGAGGAUGACCGCGACAGUGUCAACUCCUCCAGCCCCAGCCCCGCCAAGAGCCGGUCGGGUGUUGUGACAGGUCGGGGCAUCACCUUGGGCAUGCUGAUGGCAGAUGGCAUAGUGGAGUCUGGUGACGGCCUCCUCACCAUCGACUACUUGGGGAGGAAGUUCACAGCUGACUUGUUGGAGAGUGGCAAGAUCAAAUGGUCCGGCCAUGAAUUCAACUCACCCAGCGCCUGGGCAAUCCACAUCAAAAAACUGGUCAAUCCUGCCAAGAAGUCGGGCUGCGGCUGGGCCUCGGUUAAAUAUAAGGGCAAGAAAUUAGACCUUCUCAAGUCAACCUGGUUCAGUCAGAUGAAGAUCAACAUGCCAGGCUUUGAAGACAUGCCCGAUCUUCAAGAUGGCGAGAACGGAUUCACAAACGGGCACACUGGGGAGGAUGUUGAUGAAGAGAGAGAUGAGGAUGAGGGCAUGCACAGCAGUCCUGCCGACAGACCAAACCCUCCUACCUCGGAAUUAACAAGAGGCCAAAAACGAAAGCUCAGUACAAGUGAAAGUGGUACUUAUACGCAUAAAGAGGGUAUGGCUCACCCACUAAAGAAACAGGAAGUCAGUGAGCGAAGGGUGGUGAAGUAUUCUGAUAUCACGAAAGAGGACCUGGAAAGGAGUCCCAAUACAUUAGUUGAGUGUCUUCCAUUUAAUUCUGUUGGUAGAAUGCAACCUUUCACUGUCUCAACUACAACAAAUUGCCUUCUUGUUAUGGAUUUCCACUGCCAUCUGACUACCAGUGAAGUUGUCGGUUACCUAGCAGGGAAAUGGGAUCCAAGUACACAACACAUGUCCGUUCUACAAGCAUAUCCAUGCAGAUGUCGACUAGGCGACAAAACCAAGGCUUCCGUUGUUGAAGAGGAGAUUCGGCAAGCAAUAGCAUUACGGGGUCUACAGUUGGUCGGCUGGUACCACAGCCAUCCCUGCUAUCCGGCCCAGCCCUCGUUGAAAGACAUACAGACCCAGAUGGAUUACCAGCUACAGAUGAAAGGAGAGGGUACGGUCUAUCAGCCCUGCCUGGCUCUUAUAUGUGCACCGUUCAACUUGAAUAAGCGGCAGAAAGAGUCAAGUCUCAAAGCCUUCUGGGUGAUGCCACAAAUAGAGGACCGUGGGCGGACCUGUAGAGGAAUGCCCAUGACAAUGCAGUUCACCUGGCAGUCUGAUAUCUUCUUGACCCAGGAGACGUUACUAGAAAUGAAAUACCUGGUUGACUUCUACAAGGACAGUCCCGAUAUGGUGCAAUUCUCAGAGCCAUGGUUCAAAUCUGAAACAUUCCUUGACAAACUGAAGGGUUCACUGAUGAAGAAGUUCCCCAAAGACCAGACUGACGGCAGGCUGCUGGAAUACAUCCACAAUCUUCUAGUCACCCCAGCCACAUAGCACCAGCCUUAUUUAGACCUACCGGUAGCAUGAGAUACACGGAGGGGAUCCGAGGGGCAAGACGUGGGUUGAUAGAGUGAGCAAGAUGGACCAGAAAUCUAGAUGAGGCAGCAAGGAGAGGAGAAAAAGCUUCUUGCGAAAGAUAGAGCCAGGUUCAACCUGAAUUCCAAGCACAUUCAACCUGAAAUUGAGUACACUGCGCUGAGACCACAGAAAGGAAUUGACAUCCGUUGAUUUGUGAUGAUGACUGGAAAGGUAAUUGUUCCAAACUGGCAUUAUUGUUUGGUGUCAUGUUCUAGAUGCGAAGAGCUGUGUAUCUUACCAACGAGUGGAAGUGUGGGCAAGGGCAUUGGUGUGGGCAGCGAUGGUUACACAUACAUGCAAACUGCUUUGUCGUUGUCAAGAUCCCUCCUUUUCCCGGUCUUUUGGCCAGAUGUACCUGUAAAAAACCCCAAAUGUAUGAUGUACAUUGUACUCAUCCUACUUGUGUGGGUUUCAGAGAAGUGUCUUAUAUGGAGAACUUGAGGCAUGGAAUGGUACAGAAUUUCCAUCAGGUUUUUAUUUUCCUUGUAUUACAAGGUGGGCCCAAAGACUGCACAUGGCCAAGAGUGCCUUGGUCCAAAUGAUCAGCACCCUUGGUACCUUUGUAUUAUCUUUUGUCACCCAGCCGGCGUCUUUAAACCUGUACACAUUCCUCCCAGCAUGCAAGCUUCUUGGCAAGAAGAAAUGGAAGCAAACUGUCGUGCUUUGAGAAUGUAGCAUCUUUCUCUCCCAGUCACCUUUAUAACCAUAGUCUUAAUACUUACUAACUUUGCUGGUGCAUCUAUGCAGUUUCCCCUGUAUGAAAUGCAGGCAGCCUGUGGUGGCAGGGCUUGUCAGAUCCAGGGAAGCCAUACAAACUGCUUCCCGAAAUACUGAAUUCUUCUGUAUGAUUCUGUACCUUUGUCAGAUCUUUGCUUGUUGGCUUCCAUGAAGGUUACAUGGUAACAUAUUCUUUUUGCAUAGUCGUGGAGACCAACCACGUGGUUUUUUGCAAAUAGUGAAUGUCUGAGGCCCAUUUACUAGCAUGCAUGGUGCUGGAAAGUGGUAACAGAAUGGAGUAACGUUGCGCAAUCGCUUACAUUUACACAGGAGCAGAAACCCAUUUGGUAUUUAUGUUAAUGAUAUUGCGCAUUCACGUAUCAACCAGGGCCCAAUUUCACGGAGCUGCAUAACAAUUAGUAGAAACGUUUUGCCAACUUAAGCAGAAAACCUUGAUAACAUUAACCACUUUGCGCCACGCCCAUGUAUCCAUGUCGAUUCUGCUCGGCCGGGUGCCACAAACAGUGGUAUAAUCUUUCAAAACAGUGACGGAUUUCCUUUGCUAUUGGCAACUGUAAAAAUGUUGGAAAUUCCCAACAGCUCGGUCUUUUGUUCCAAGUAAAGUCUUUUGUUAAAAGGCCCAGUUCCCUUU